UUUUCUCUCCGCUAAUAGAUUGAUGGUGAGAACAGGCAGACUAUUAUUAUCGGGCAGUGUAUCUGAUAAGAAGUUCAACAUUCUUACUGGAACAGACAGACGACAGUGGUGCGCAUUGGGGAGAGGUUCGCUGUUGCUACCAAAGAAAGUGAAAAGAAAGAAUGGUUAAUAUUUAUAUCUCUAGUGCUUGUACAAUCAGUGUUGGUAAUCCCGUUAAUCUGAAGUUGUACAAUCUGCUUAAAUCUACUAAGUGUCACAUCAGAAAACUGAGGGCAAACGCAAAACAAAGUGGGAGAGAGUGUAACAUGUUAUCUGCCAUUCACUGACGCCUAAUACUGACUGUACAAACCAUAGCAAAGAAAUGUGAUAUUAAACUGCUCACGUAAAUGAAAAAAAUGCGGUCUUUGUCAACAGGAGAUACUGCAAAGAUAAAAAAUAUAUAGCUCACCACAAGCUAAAAAGACAGUGAAAUAAUGAAUAAACAGUAUGUCAGGAAAUCAAGUCAGAGAACGUGAACUUGAAUACAUUUGAAAUCAUUAAUAGAAAGAGUAAUAGAGUGAUAGAGUAGUUGACAACCUAGAAAGAAUUUUUUAUACGAAUAACAUACGACUGAAUUGUAAGCCAAGGGUACAACAGUGAUACUUCUGCAGUGGAUUAACACACACACACACACACACACACACACACACACACACACACACACACACAGAGAGAGAGAGAGAGAGAGAGAGAGAGAGAGGGAGAGGACUCAUCACAACUAAACACAAGGAUGAGUCGCUUGUGUUCGUGGAAAUGCAGCUCUUUGUCCCUCCGGGUUGGGGUGCUUGUCAUCGCGGCUGUUGAACUAGUAUACGACAUCUUUGGUUUUGCCUUCACCACCUGGCGAACAAUUAAGACCUCAUACGAUUAUGACGUUGCGGGUGAGAAGGGGCAGCCCGAGGAUGUUGUGCUGGUGACAGUGGCUGUGGUCGCAAGCACCAUCGACCUGCUGUUCUCACUGAUGCUCAUUCACGGAGUCAUCAAGGAAAAUGUGAAGCAGAUAAUGGCGUGGUGGUGGUGGACCCUGGGCCUCCGGGUACUCAUUAUAAUGAAGAUCAUCUGGGUGUUCGUGUAUGGCAUCAAGAACAACCAGCCCGUGGGAUUGGCCAUCGUUAUCCUCACCUUCAUCCUGACCAUCUCAAUUCUCGUCCUCUGGGUGGUCAGGACAUAUGCUAAUUAUCUAAAGAGAAAGAAGAUGCUUUCGUAUCUCUCUCUCAAUGAACACCAAGAUCAGGAUGUGUGAUUGUGCAGAAGCUUUUACUUGAUUAUUCGCAACA